AAAAAGGACUGAGAAUCUUUUAUAAAUCACGCAUGGGCCCAGAUCGAGGCAGGUGACAAGCGUUCAUCAUUCAAGUCAGUUGCAAAAAUGUCUGAAACAAAUCGAUUUGCUCUCCUCCUCUGGGUCGCGGCAAGCCUGGCAGUUUGCUGCCGAGCUGAGGGCCCGAACGCAACAGGGAAGCAAGACGAGGUGGGCGUCCCCCCAAAAUCGCCACCCCUCCAGAACUUCUUCCAAACGAACCACCAGCCUCUGUCCUUCUCCUACUUCGACCGAGCCGCACCCGCACCGUCAGCGACCAUCCCAGCAUCUCCGAAGCCCGCGGUGCUGCCCCGCCCGGACUCCAUCAACGGGACUCCCUUCGCGUCAGCCACCACGAUGGACUCCGUCAUGCAAGGGAUCAGGGACCUGAAACUAACGAUCGCCGAGAUGGAAGAUAAGCUGGAUCGCGUCGUCCAGAAGGUCGCGCCUGGCCCCGGGGGCAAGUCUCUCAUGAACAAGGGUGCCGAUCUCUUCAGGAAGUUCCUGCGUCUGUCCACUCCUGGGGAGGAGAACGAAGAACCGGUCCGACUCGAGAGGGCUAUGAACAGCAUGCAGACCAGGGGCCCCAGGGGGGUUGGCUUGUCCUAUCACUGAGCGCUCCACGGACGCCUGCGCUGCCGUGCAGUGGCGUGGCGUGAAUUGCGAUGUAUCGAUUGUUAU